AUGAAGCUCCUACUCGGUUUGGCUGCUCUGGUGGUGACACUGGGUGUCCUCAAUUCUGCUCCUGAGGACCAGUCCAAAGACAUCUCAGAGGACACCCUAAAACAGUUGUCCGUGGAUGGUGAGAAACUCGUGGAUGAGGAGGUGAGGAGAGCUCUGUAUGGGGUGAAGCAGAUGAAGGAGGUGAUGUGGAGGAACGAGCAGAAACACGAACACCUCAUGAAGUCUCUGAGACACAGCAGUGACAAGAAGAGGGGGGCAGCCCAACUGGCCAAGGAGGUGACAGGGAAGCUGGAGGAGGCAGAGGAGCAGUGUAAAGACUCCCUGCAGUCUGAGUGGGAGGAGUGCAGACCCUGUCUGGAGGAUGCGUGUAAGACUUUCUACACCUCCACCUGCCGCAGGGGGUUUGCAACUUUCCACACCAAGGUGGAGAACUUCUUCCGCAGAGUGUCAAGGCGCUUUGGGUCCCAAGAACCUCGCAUGGACGCAGGGGACAUCCUGGUGAACCAGGGCCCUGAUAACACUGAUGCAGAGGUUGUCCUCCUCGAGGAUUCCUUCAACCGCCUGAUCAGCAAGGUGGGCACGGUGGUGAACCGCAGUGUCGCCCUGGUGUCCAGGUUGAGCACCAGGCUUGACAAAGUCCUUCAGAAGGCCUUCCUGAACGACACUGACGUCCUGGCAGAGGAGAGCACCUCUGACCCCUACUACCCAGGACGGGACUCUGGCUUCCUGCAGGGCGUGGGCCUGGAGGAGGUGCUGGAUUCCUUCUUUGACUUUGGCAAGAGUGUGGUGGAGGAAUUUGGAGCUGUGGUGACCCAAGUGUUUGAUGACCUGCAUAAGGCAGUGGAAGAAGAGAAGAAAAGAGGUGAAGGUAGGGAAAGUUUCCCCCGUUUCCUGCAGAACCGGAGGUUGUGCAGAGACCUUCGCAAAAAGACCUCAGAGUGCUGGCAGCUGCAGAAUCAGUGUGGGGUCUGCCAGGGCGCCCUGCUCACAGAGUGCCCCAGUGUUCGUGAGCUGCACGUGGAGCUGGAUGAGGUUUCCCAGCUGCUGGACGUGUCCAAAGAGCAGUACGACGAGAUCCUGUCUAUCGUCCAGCGCCACACUGACGAAACAGUCAACUGGCUCAGUAACAUGGCUGCUGAGUUCAGCUGGGUGGCUCAGGCUGUGAGCAACAGCAGCGCUCCUGAAAAUAUCUUCAGCAUCACCAAGGUGGCGCCAAAGAGCCAAGAUGAACAGAAUGUGUCUGUCACUGAGACCAGGGUGGAGGUAAACAUCCUGAACUCCCCUCCACUUAUCCUCUCUGUCCCUGGGGAGCUGGAGCUGCAGGACCCAGCUUUCAUCCAGUACGUGGCCCAGGAGGCUCUGGACAAAUACAAGGAGAUGGUCAGGUAUGAGGACGAAUAAAACUGCAGGACUACUGCGUUUCUGAGCUUUAACCAGCACUUUCUUUGUGAACAGAACUAGAUUGUGUUCCUGUAGACAUGAAUUUAUUGAAAUGUAAAUACGCUACAAUCGAGCCACACCAUUUACUGAUAUUUAC